UUGGCAGUUUCCUGUGGAAAGCGCAGAACCAGGUUUUCUCUCGUUCCGCUCUCUGACUCCGAGAUAGAAAGUGUUUCAUCCCCAAGGCAUAUUCCACGAUCCUCCCUUCGAUUGUUGAUUUAUUCCCUUCUUCCUCCGAUUUCAAUUCUGUUUUUAAUUCUUCUUUCAAGUUCUUCUCCAUCACCGCCGAUUACACUCAUCCAAGAUGCAUUCCAAUCACUUGCUUCUCGAGGAGCCUAUUCGCAUGGCCUCCAUCCUUGAGCCAUCCAAGGCUAGUUUCUUUCCUGCUAUGACCAAGAUCGUUGGGACUCUUGGUCCAAGGUCUCGAUCUGUUGAGAUAAUCUCUGGUUGUCUGAAGGCUGGAAUGUCGGUUGCUCGUUUCGACUUUUCAUGGGGUAACCCUGAAUAUCAUCAGGAGACUUUGGAAAAUUUGAAAGCGGCCGUGAAGAUCACCAAGAAGCUUUGCGCUGUUAUGCUUGACACAGUUGGCCCUGAGUUGCAAGUAAUAAAUAAAACCGAGAAAUCCAUUUCACUUCAGGAAGAUGCCAUAGUCGUCCUUACACCCAAUCAAGAUCUUGAGGCGACUUCAGAGCUCUUGCCUAUUAACUUUACAGGACUUUCAAAGGCUGUGAAGAAAGGAGACACUAUUUUCGUGGGUCAGUACCUUUUCACUGGAAGUGAAUCAACUUCUGCAUGGCUUGAGGUAUCUGAAGUCAAAGGCGAUGAUGUUGUUUGUGUAAUUAAGAACUCUGCCACUUUGGCUGGAUCACUGUUCACUUUGCAUGGCUCUCAAAUUCAUAUUAAUCUUCCUACACUUUCUGAGGAGGAUAAGGAGGUUAUUUCUAGUUGGGGAGUGCAAAACAAAAUUGAUUUCCUCUCAUUAUCAUAUACUAGACAUGCUGAAGAUGUUCGACAAGCUCGUGAAUUCCUUUCUAAGUUAGGUGACCUUAGCCAAACCCAAAUCUUUGCCAAGAUUGAAACUGUGGAGGGAUUAACCCAUUUUGAUGAGAUUCUACAAGAGGCAGAUGGUAUUAUUCUAUCCCGUGGGAAUUUGGGUAUCGACCUCCCACCCGAGAAGGUGUUUUUAUUUCAGAAAGCUGCACUUUACAAGUGUAACAUGGCUGGAAAGCCUGCCGUGGUUACUCGUGUUGUGGACAGUAUGACGAACAAUUUAAGACCUACUCGUGCAGAAGCUACUGAUGUUGCAAAUGCGGUCCUUGAUGGGAGUGAUGCAAUUCUUCUGGGGGCUGAGACUUUGCGUGGACUGUAUCCAGUAGAGACUAUUUCUACUGUUGGUAGGAUUUGUGCUGAGUCUGAUAAGGUGUUCAAUCAAGACUUGUACUUCAAGAAAACUGUCAAAUUUGUUGGGGAACCUAUGUCUCACUUGGAAUCCAUUGCCUCCUCAGCGGUCAGGGCUGCCAUUAAGGUGAAGGCUUCAGUUAUUAUUUGCUUCACUUCAUCUGGAAGAGCUGCAAGAUUAAUUGCUAAAUAUAGGCCCACAAUGCCGGUUAUAUCUGUUGUCAUUCCUAGGCUGAAGACAAAUCAGUUAAGGUGGAGCUUUACUGGAGCAUUUGAGGCUAGGCAGUCUUUGAUAGUAAGAGGCCUCUUCCCUAUGCUUGCUGAUCCACGACAUCCUGCGGAGUCUACUAGCGCAACAAAUGAGUCAGUUCUAAAGGUUGCUCUGGAUCAUGGGAAAGCAUAUGGAGUAAUUAAGUCGCAUGACCGAGUUGUUGUUUGUCAGAAGGUUGGGGACGCAUCAGUGGUAAAGAUUAUCGAGCUCGAAGAUUGAAAUGACCUUUCCAGAUUUUUUCUGCUAAUUUUUUGAAGUGACCGUUCUCUUGGUGCUAUCCACCACCAUAUGAGGUAUAAUCAUGAAUUAAUACAUGGUUUUGUUGGAGAUUGAGGAGAUCUGAUAAGUGAGAAAAUGUAAAAUGACUCAAGAAAACAUUGUUAACUUUCCCAAAUUUAGAAGCCAUGGUGUACAUGGCAAAUCUUAAUUUAUUCACAACUUCUUGUUCAACCAAUGCCCAAUUCAUAUUCAUGAUUUCCGGGUAGUUUCAUUUCUUGAUCA